AUGGCCAACUAUCUCGCUUCUAUCUUCGGGACGGAGCAAGACAAGGUCAACUGCUCAUUCUACUACAAGAUCGGUGCAUGUCGCCACGGCGACCGCUGUUCGCGCAAACAUGUGAAACCUUCAUAUUCGCAGACGAUCCUGCUACCAAAUCUCUACCAAAAUCCAGCCUACGAUCCAAAGAACAAGAUGAACCCAAGUCAGCUUCAGAACCACUUCGAUGCAUUCUACGAGGACUUCUGGUGUGAGAUGUGCAAAUACGGAGAGAUAGAGGAAGUGGUAGUUUGCGACAAUAACAAUGAUCAUCUAAUUGGUAACGUUUACGCGCGCUUCAAAUACGAAGACUCUGCCCAACAAGCUUGCGAUGCCCUCAAUUCCCGCUGGUAUGCUGCGCGCCCAAUCUACUGCGAGCUCUCACCCGUUACAGACUUCCGGGAAGCAUGCUGUCGGCUGAACAGUGGGGAAGGGUGUGUGAGAGGCGGAUUUUGCAAUUUCAUACAUAGGAAAAAUCCGAGCGCGGAAUUGGAGAGGGACCUGGAAUUAGGUACGAAGAAGUGGUUGAAGGUCAGGGGAAGGGAUGAAAGGAGUGUGACGAGGAGUCCAAGCCCAGAACCGACCAGGAGAAGGUUUUGA